AUGCUCGUCGCGACUGUCUCUGUAUCGUUCCUGGUCCAGUUGGCACUCAUCUAUGUGCCCUUCAUGCAGAGCAUCUUCCAGACAGAGGCUCUGGGUAUAGUGGAUCUGGCGACGCUGCUAGGUUUAGCAGCAGUAUCAAUGGGUCUGCAUGACGCUCGGCGGAGAUAUGAGCGGUCUCUGAAUGCCUCGCUCACGUACGCCAAUGUAGCAGAGGAGAUGGCGUAA